CAGCCUUGUUUGACAACCACUACUUGGAACCAUCUAAGGAUGCCACUAUUAGUGGUGCAGAACCAUGGGUUGUAUCAUCUCUCCUGCGUUCUCCUCGUCCUAUCAAUUCUUUCAGUCAACGUUAUUGGGCAAGCAUGUAUGAACUACGGUGAAACCUCUCCAUCCAAUACCUCAAGCUGUCUUUGUCCUCCGGGCUUUGGGGGUGUUACUUGUGCACAACCAGGAUGCGGUGGUACCAUAUUCGAUGGUUCUCAUCGCUCUUUAGCUCAACCCUCGUCUGGCUUUGCGAACUUGACGGCGUCCGAUUGCACCUGCGAAAGCGGAUGGGGAGGAGUGGGCUGUAAUGUUUGCACUACCUCUUCAGCAUGCCAGGUUGCGUAUGCCGCGGUCAAUGGCAAUGCAAAUGCAACCUCGGGGCUUGGUGAUCAGGUUGGUUUGAACGAUACGAUGGUUUGCAAUACUGCCCCUGCUGUAUGGGCAGCUGGCGAACUUAGCUGUCAAGUUAAUAAUCCAACAUUAGAGGCACUGUAUCCUCUCGGAUCUACUCUGAACAUUCUCCGUACUUUGAACGGCUCUCUAUCACCAUUGCACAACACCAGUGGAACGUUAUUGUCGCCCUCCACUAGCUCCUCUAUCUAUGCUCAACUAAUGUAUGCUGGCGUCGAGCAGUUCUUUUGCACUGCUUCGCCCUGCACCCAGACAUUAUCAAACUCCACCACCACUGGCAGUUCGGGCAAUACUGCCUCAAGCACCUGGACAUGUCAAAAUCUUUCAUGUAGCUGUAUCAAAAAUGCCACAUUCUGCGGCGGUGUACCGGUUUCAAACCUCACAACUACCAUUAGCGGACUCACCGGAACAUUGGUAGUUGCGUGCGAUAGCACCAAUACCUGCCAUUUUCAGCAGGAUACCAUCAAUUCAGUAUUCGGAAGUCAGGGUUUAUCCAUGGAAGGCUGCGUCUUUGGUGAAUGUGUCACUCAGGCCGUCAUCGACACAACAAACACUACUUCUUCCGCUGCAGCUGCGUCGGGUGGAACCCAACUAAGCGGAGGAGUUAUUGCAGGACUCGUUAUUGUUGGUGCAAUAAUUGGGUUUGGGCUAGCAUUCAUUGCGUGGGGUUGGUAUGUCCAACGAGCGGCGAAAAAGUUACCUUUCAAUGGGGGCCAAAGCGGCGGAAUAAGUGUUCGGUGGUCCGACAUUUCAUAUAUCGUGCAAUCGCCUAAAAGUUCACCGUAUUCCCUGAUUGCCAAAUCUUCCACCCCGGGGGGAAAGAUCAUCCUCGAUAGCGUUAGCGGCAGUAUCGAAUCAGGUCAGCUCAUGGCAAUCCUUGGUCCAAGCGGAGCAGGAAAGACUACUCUUGUUGAACUCAUCGCUGGGAAGACAAAGUCAGGCCAAUGCACAGGGUCCAUCACGUUCCCUCCCUAUGCUCAUGGACGUCGGCCAAGGGUAGCUUUUGUCCCGCAGAGUGACAUCCUUCCUUCAAUGCUCACUGUCCGCGAAGCCCUUACAUUCGCCGCAUCCCUUCGCCUCCCCGAAUCUCUUCCUGCGUCCUCGAAGGCAGCGCUGGUCUCUACCGUCAUUUCCAAACUAGGUUUGGAUGGCAUCGCUGAAACUAGAAUUGGUGCGACUGAUGGGACUGGUAGAGGUAUCAGUGGCGGAGAAGCUCGUCGCGUUAGCAUCGGGCUCGAACUCGUUAGCUGCCCGGAUGUGCUCGUCUGUGACGAGCCCACCAGCGGACUAGACUCGGUCAGCGCUUUCAGGAUCGUCAAAGUGCUGAAAGAACUCGCACGUGAAGGUGGAAUUACUGUAAGUCAUCAAGGCUCACAUGGUCAUCGAAAGGGCGUGGCGGUUAUCUGCAGCGUGCAUCAGCCAAGUUCGCGUCUUUACCACACCUUUGACUCCGUUUACCUCCUUUCCAAUGGGCGCGCGCUGUACUCGGGGCCGGGCGGAUUAGCACCAACACAAUAUUUCAAGCACAUGCGAGAAGGAGGAGGAGCCGGGGCUGAUAUCCUGCCUUAUGAGGAAGGUUACAACGUUGCGGACUAUCUACUCGACAUUGCGAGCGAGUCUCCUGAUAUCUCCAGCAUGCCGCUAGACAGUAAUGCGGUUGGAGAAAUGACGCAAAGUGUCAACAGCGAGGAGAAAGCUGACAGAGGGAAAGACGUUGAAGCUCUCCUCUCUAAGCAAAAUUUGGCACAGGGCAUGUAUGUGGCAACUUUCCUUACGCAGUUGCAAGUACUUUGUGGGCGCGAAUGGAAGGUUUUGAAAAGAGACAAGACCUUAUUUUUCGCGCACGUGUGUGUCGCUUGCGUUCUCGGCAUAUUUUGUGGUGGUCUCUACUAUCAGGCUAAUUUAACUAUCGCCGGAUUCCAGGCCAGAAUCGGAUGCAUUUUCUUCAUGGGGUCUCUCAUUGCAUUCUCCUCUCUUAGCGCACUCUAUAAUAUCGUUGAGAUACGACCUCUCUUCCUUCGUGAGAGGUCAAACUGGUACUACAGCCCAACAGCUUGGCUUCUUUCACGUCUGAUAUUCGACGUGAUACCCCUUCGCAUUAUACCCACCAUCACGGUCUGCACCAUUACAUACUGGAUGGCUGGGCUUGCAAAUGAUGCAGUUCAUUUCUUCAAGUUUAUAUUCGUCAUCGUCCUGUACACACUAGUCAUGACGCUCUUUAACUUCCUUCUGGGAACGCUAUUCCGCAAUGGCGGGAUUGCGAUCCUGCUUUCCGCUCUUUCUGCACUGUACCAGAUGACCUUUGCCGGUUUCUUUGUUCACCUCGCUUCGAUACCUCCCGUCUUGCGUUGGCUGCAAUGGCUUUGCCCGCUCAAGUAUACCCUUGAAGCUAUUUCGAUAAACGAAGUAGGCUCAGGACUGAUGAUCAAAGAUACCUUGCAAGGCGUACCCGUCAAUAUAUCGGCGACCCUCAUUAUGCAGCUGUUGUUUGGCUUUGGCUUAAACAACUAUUAUAGAGAUAUUCUUGUGCUCUUUGCCUUUAUAGCUGUGUUUGGUGUUGCAGUUAUCGCUGUAGUUUGGUUGAGGGUGAGGGAGAGGCGGUGAUGGUCGCCUUUGUGAACAAGUUGCUUGCGUAGUAUGUGCUAUAUGUUAAGACUGUUGACUUGGUUUGCUGUUUAGUUCAUCGUUAAUACAAUAUGGUCUCCUUAACAUUA